ACAUGCGCAGAAGAGCAACGCCAUUAGUACUACUUAACCGGAUUUUUCGUCCAUUUCGCCGUGCUGUCUGUGUAUUGAAAAAAAUAAAGCAUUUAAUUAUUAACAAAUAACGAUUAAAUAGAUACUGUGUCGUGAGUGAGAGUGAGUAUUGGCAUUAAUCGUCAAUAAAAUAAAUAAUUUACGGCAAGGAAGGUAGUAAAUAAUACCGUACAAGAUGACUGAAAGAUCAAGCAAUGGAGAUUACAAAUAUGAUGUUGAAGAGGAUGGUGGCGGCGAUGGAGACAGCAAUGGGGGUGAUGACCACCAGAGAAUGCCGUUGGAAAAAGACCGAAGUGAAAGAGCUGAUAAAGUUGGCGAAUACAUGAAGGAAUUAUUGGCUGAAAAAUUAGCCCUUGAUUCACAGAAAUGCCCAAAUGCUCUCCGAUUACUCGACCAAGAGAUUCAGAAGACUCAAGCUAUUGGAAAGCCUAUGCGAGACCUAAAAUAUGUAGAUAUAUAUCGUGAGAAACCAAUCAGGGUAUCUGUCAAAGUAUUGGUACCAAUUCGUGAACAUCCUAAGUUUAAUUUUGUGGGAAAGUUACUUGGACCCAAAGGUAACUCAAUGAAACGCCUGCAGGAAGAGACUAUGUGUAAGAUGGCUGUGUUGGGAAGAGGAUCGAUGAAAGAUAGACAGAAGGAAGAGGAGUUCCGUCAGUCUCUGGACCCGAAGUAUGCUCAUCUGUGCGAUGAUCUACACGUCGAAAUCACAGCUGUGGCACCACCAGCAGAAGCACACGCUCGCAUCGCCUACGCGCUCGCAGAAGUUCGUAAAUAUUUGAUACCCGACAAUAAUGACAUUAUCCGCCAAGAACAAAUGCGUGAAAUGGAGUUGACAAUGUCAGAGAGUGGUGUAGUUCCUGAUGAACAUCGAUCGACUGUUAAACCGUCAAGUUCCAUGAGAUCACCUACUAGUAGACCAGUCACCACUUCAAGCACAUCCGUAAGAUCCGCAAGACCUCCUUCUUCACGUCCUGUAAUGCCACCACCACCACCUCAUUCAUCAAGAACUUCAGCGUCUCGUUCAUCGGCAAGUAAAGCUAAAGUAUUUUCGAUUUUGGAUCGCGCUCGAGCUGCUAUGGACCAAAGCUACGGAUCCGCGCCGCCUCCGCCGUCCAGUCGUGCAUCUCAUCCAGACUAUGAUUAUCACGGUUCUUCGAGUAGUAGUACCCGAUAUACUGAUAGACAUUACUCGCCGUCCGCUUCUGAAGACAUUUAUACGCCGACAUCUUACACGACUUAUGAGUACAGCGAUGUCCCUUCAACUCACUCUUCUGAUUAUUAUGAAUCAACUGAAUAUCCUGAGGACUCAUCCGGCCGCGCUUGGAAAACGUACAAGACAUCAUCGUCAUCGGGCUCGGCUUCGCGAUAUCGUACAACUCCGUACACUCGCCCCAAGUAACAAAAAAUAAGUUCUAAAGAACAAAAAAACGUUGAAGAACAAGGAAAAAAAAUGAAAUUAAAACAUCACAAAUAAUAAUAAUAA